AUGUCAAGACAGCCGAUCUCACUGGAUGAGGUAUGGAGAGGAACAGACAAAGAGCCCGGUUUGGAGCACUCAAUCGAGCGAAUUUUCGCCCAUGAUUUCGAGAAGCAGGCGUACAUGCAUGCUUACACAAAGAUCUUCAAUUAUUGCACUUCUUCAAGAAGUUCAACGAACCCAAUCGGCAGGAGCGCGACGAACAGAAUUGGCUCAAGGAUUAACAGAAGACCUAACGGAGAAAAUGGAGUUAGCUCUUCAAAUGAUAUGUUUAUAGGCGGUGAACUCUACAAGAAACUGCGCAGCGUCAUCGACGACAAGGUCACGUGUGUCUACAACGAGGCGAAAAAGGUCAGCGGAGUGGACAUUCUAACUGACUACCACAAGAACUGGAAAGACUACAAGUUCUCGAUUCGCGUUUUAAACGGCGUCGCUCAAUAUUUAAACAAGCAUUGGGUCCAACGCGAAAAGGAAGAACAUGGCGGCCCAGACAGCGCGGUUCACGAUGUCAGAAGCAUGGGCAUCGUCGCCUGGAGGGAAAAUAUGUACAGAAAGAAUCUGGAGCCGAUGAUGGAGCAAAUUAUGAGGGUGAUUGAGAAGGAAAGAGAAAAUGAAGCGGACACUUCCCAUCAUCUACUGCUCAAAACGAUUCUGCAAGAGUCCGUCUGCGAACUCGGCCUGGAGAAGAAAAACAACGAAAAAGACGCUACCGGUCGUCCGGAGCGCGACCUCGGCGUCUACCGCGAAACCUUUGAAACCCGAUUCUUGAAAGAGACGACCCAGUAUUACCAAGCUGAGUCGUCAAGUUUUAUUGAGAGCCACUCGCUGGUCGAUUAUCUCGUCAAGAUUGAGAAGAGGUUUGAAGAGGAGGAUCGACGCGUCAGAAGCUAUCUGGACAGCUCGACAGGUCCGAAAGUGGAGCAGACGCUCGUAAAAGUGCUCAUAGAAGCACACAUCGCAAGAAUUCACGAUGAAUUCAAACCCAUGGUCGAGCACGAGAAGAUCGACGACUUGAAGAGGGUUUUCGCCCUUGUCAACAGAGCAGACAAAUUUAGGAGCGAAAGCGAUAAGAGCAAUAAUGUCAGCCCUUUUCUUGACCCGAUGCGAGAUGCUUUCCGCCAACACGUAGUUUCCGAAGGAAUCGCUGCUGUUGACGCAAUCAAAGAAUCCGCCCUGGUCGACCCGAAAAACUACAUCGACGCCGUCCUCACUGUGUAUAAAAAAUACUCAAAAGUCGUUCUCGACGCCUUUGCGUCCAGGCUAGAUAGAGCGGCUUCGCAUUUUGUGAACAAAAACGCCGUUUGCGAAACGAGGUCAAGUCGAAGUGCGGAACUGCUUGCGCGAUACUCUGAUUCUAUCUUGAAGAAGAAUGCAAAAGUCGCCUCCGAUGACUCGGAUAAGGAGGCGGCCAUGUCAGAAGUUAUCACAAUCUUCAAGUUUAUCAACGAAAAAGAUGUCUUCAUGGAGUUUUACUCAAAGCUAUUUGGCAACAGAUUGGUCAAGGAGAUUUCGGCCAGUGAAGACAAUGAAGAAACGAUGAUCAAGAAAUUGAAGGAAGAAUGCGGCCACGAGUACACCUCCCGCCUCCAAAAGAUGUUCAAAGACAUCGUGGUGAGCAGAACUCACACGGAAGAAUUCAAAAACCACGCUCGCCAAAGUGGCUCGCUAAAAGUGGACUUCACCAUCAAAGUGUUAACCACUGGACAUUGGAAUUACAAGCCCAGCAAUCCCUUUAUUCUACCUAUCGAGAUUCGAACCUGCCAGGAACAGUUUCUUCAACACUACAGCCAAAAACAUAGCGGUCGAAAACUAACAUGGAUUCUUGCACAUUCGAGAUGUGAGCUCAAAUUCUUCCCAAAGCUGGACCAGUCCAAUUUCUUCAUUUUUACUACAACGACGCAUCAAUUGUCAAUCUUGAGCAUCUUCAAUCAACGGCCCAGCUAUACUGUUGACGAAAUUCAAUCUUUAACUGAGAUAGAAACGGAGAACGACUAUUUGUACAAGAUAAUUGCCCAAUUGCUCAAAACGAAGAUCUUGACUUCCUCAGCAGCAGGAAGUGAGCUGCCCAGCGGAAGCCACACAAUUUCUGUUAAUGAAGCUUACAAGAGCAAAAAGAAGAAAAUGAACAUCUCGCAGCCUAUCAAGCAAGAACAACGAUCCGAAAGUGACUUGACGGUGAAAAGGGUUGAAGAAGACCGCGGCCUUGCGACGCAGGCGGCGAUUGUUAGAAUUAUGAAAAUGCGGCAGCGAUUGAACCACAACAACUUGGUCACCGCAGUGGUUGAGCAGCUACAAGCACGGUUCACGGCCAGGGUUCCGCUAAUCAAGAAACAAAUCGAAAUCCUCGUCGAAAAAGAAUACAUCGCCCGAGUCGAUGGAGAACGAGACAUAUUAUCAGAAGACGAAUUCGAUGAAAACUUCAGAUGCUGGAAGAACUGCUGCAGGAAAUCAGGAGUGAGGGUCUCAACCUGCGACAGAAAUGUUUGCCAAAAGUGCUGUGGAAGUGAAUGUGCCGAAAUUAAAAGUAUGUUGCAGUUUAACCGACGCAUUCCCACUCAACAGUGCAGCGCUUGCAUGGAACAAAAGUGCGACUUUGCAAAAGAGUACACAUCAAUUACGACCACAAGAAGCUGCCGCGGCCUUUUCAAUAAAUACUCGACCGGUUUUGAAGGAAACGUUACCUUUCUCGUCGAAGCAGAGCGCGAUGUGCGCAUCUUUCUUUACGACAAGCCACUUUCGAUCGUUAGACAGCAUGGAGAUAGAAGAAGGAGAGAUACUGAGAUGGAAGAGAUUCCGGAAGAGCUGCGCGAAUUCGUGCGCGAGCAGAUGGAACUCAACGGAGCUCACUUUGACGUCUUAGAUGAGCCUGUCAGGCCAAGUACUUCUCAAGUGUUGCAGACUGUUUUCACCAGACUCAGAAGACAAGUCCAAGACGCGAUGGAGGAAAAGAAACUGGCAAAACAAGAGGCCAGGCGAGAAGCCAGAAAGGCUGAGCGAAAAGCAGCUCGAUUAGCGGCAAAAGACCAAAAGCUCAACUUUGGUUCGAUCAAUUCUCAAAGCGAAAUCGAGGAAAAUAUACAAUUGGCGAUGGACAUGAUCCGUGAAAAUUACGCACCAGAAGAAGAAGAGGAGGGAAAAGAAGUCGAAAUGCUCGGCGACUUUGUUGAAUACGAAGAAGAAGAAGAGGAAGAGGAGGAGGAGGAAGCCGAAUACUCGGAGUACUACGAAGAAGCUGAAUUUUUAGAUGAAAAAAUGAAAAGACGCGCUGAAAAAGAAGCUCUGAGAAAAGAGAAAAGACAAAUUAUUAAGGAAUUUAAAGAGGAGCAGAAAAAACUUAAGGAGCUCUCACAACAGUGGAGCAAGGUUAAUGUAGCUCUGCAGAAUCCUGAGGUUGUCAAUCAGGCUGAACAGGUUGCAACUGAUAUGGCGAUGGAUAUGGGAAUUGGAUCGGCGGCUGACUUUGCGGAAGAAGCAAGUUUGAGCGUCAUUUUACAAUCGCUUGGAAUCGCCGCUGAACUGUCCUCAACUUCUGUAACAAAUUCCUACAAAGACUUCAAGGAUAGAAAAAGCUCGGGAAAAACCCGCGACUCAGCUGACUGGAGCCGUGCUAACAAAUUCCACGGAGUAAACCCAGACCAUGUGGCUAAUCUCAUCGUCAAGAAUCAUCUGCAGCAGGCGAAAAAAUGCAAGACGUGUCGAUCGGUAAGUCUUUUAAAUUCUAGGAGCGAGGACAACUCUCUGCAAGGAUUCGCAGACGAAGAACGACUUGAUGAGAAUCUUCUGACAUCCGGAUGGAUUCAAAUCGGAUUAGGCAGCGCAAACAAUACUGCUUGUGAUCUCAAGUCCUGCCAGGCCUCAAGCCAAUGCUACAAACGAUGUAUCGGCGUCCUGCGAAAGCGCUUCUCAGCCGUAUUAUCUCCAGAAAUACCACAAGAAGUUAGCGUCGCUAUUAAUGGAGAAGGAUUGGACCGUGUCCUCACCGUCGAAAUUGGCAUGCGGGGAUCAUCCGAGCCGCGGGAGAGGAUCUUCGAGGUUCUAAUCGACGAUCCAACCAUCGCCAAGCUGCAGAAUCUGGCGAUUUGCACGACAAAGGGCGCAAGAGCCAAGCUCUCCAUUUCAAAGGAUUGCUGUGGAAACGAGGAAGAGGAAGGACCAAGCUUCUUCACUAACUCGCGAAGAAAUCAAGAUUGCAAAUUCUCUUGCAUGUCGACGAAUUGCCGAGAUGAGUGUAUGCCAAAUACUCAAUGCGAUCGUUGCUUACAACACAAUUGUGGAUCAUUUUCGACGGAAUCAACAUUUUGA